GCCCACGUUUCGCUCAGCGCGCAAAAGUAAAUUUUAGUGCAAAUAAAUUGCUUUGCUUAUCUCGAAGCGCGCGCUCGCAUGAUGAACGCAGCUGUGUGCGUGUGUGUGCCUGUGGGGAGUGAGUGUGCGAGUGUUGUUAAUUAAUUUACAAAAGUCGCUCCUGUUUGGCGAACAACAGAAAACAGAAACAUCAAUAAACAACAGCCGGGGCCGAGAGAAGUGCGAAAAAGUAGGAAAACAAAAACAACAAACGGCCUAACGGUAGUUGCAUGUGGGCCACUUCGCCCACCCAACCCCCACCCCUUUCCGGAAAACGAAAGUUCUUUUACAUGUAACACAACAACACUCUCGCAGCGGAGAGAGAGAGAGCAGAGAGCGUGAAAAAGAGAAGAGCGGGAGAGAGCCAUUUGGCCUUGAACUUGCGACGUUAUACAACAAAUCUCAGGUGGAAGCGGCAGCGUCAACAUCGAUGUCAAUUCCCGUAUACUGCAUACAAUAAACCAAUGUACAAAUUCAUAACAUAGGCAAUCUACGCGGGUUUUCUAUAGCUAUUCACGGAUUUCCACAGAGUGGCCGUUGAGCACUGGCCAUAGAUUUUAUUGGAGAGAAAAACUGCAGGGACGGUUAGCUCCCAUACCCUUACCAGUUACCUGAGGACAAUUUAUACGGAAACACAAUUAUAUAAAGUUAUACACACACCUACAGAUAUACAACUAAAUUUUUUGCCGUUUUGACAAGCCGUCCACUUAUACAACACAAGGAAGGGAUAAUAUAUAGACAAUAUAUAUAAAUAUGCCCCACGUCUGCCACAUCUUCAGGAAGAGCCACAGCAAUCCGCAGGGCAGCCACUAACAGAGUUUUCCCGAUAGCUGCCGGAAAAUUAGAAUACCCAGCAGACAAGAGACCAAGUCAGAAAGCCAGCCAAGCGCAAGGACAUCGCCAUCUCUGUUUCCAUCGCAGGAGGAUAGGAGAACUGUUGCCAUGGGUCGCAAAAAAAUUCAAAUAUCACGCAUCACCGAUGAACGCAAUCGGCAGGUGACCUUCAACAAGCGCAAGUUCGGCGUGAUGAAGAAGGCCUACGAGCUGUCGGUGCUCUGCGACUGCGAGAUCGCCCUGAUCAUCUUCUCGUCGAGCAACAAGCUGUACCAGUACGCCAGCACCGACAUGGAUCGCGUCCUGCUCAAGUACACCGAGUACAACGAGCCCCACGAGUCCCUCACCAACAAGAACAUCAUCGAGAAGGAGAACAAGAACGGCGUGAUGUCGCCGGACUCGCCCGAAGCCGAAACGGACUACACACUCACGCCGCGAACGGAGGCCAAGUACAACAAGAUCGACGAGGAGUUCCAGAACAUGAUGCAGCGCAACCAGAUGGCCAUCGGCGGGGCGGGAGCGCCGCGCCAGCUGCCCAACAGCAGCUACACGCUGCCCGUUUCCGUUCCGGUGCCGGGCUCCUACGGGGACAACCUGCUGCAGGCCAGCCCACAGAUGUCCCACACCAACAUCAGCCCACGACCAUCGAGUUCGGAGACGGAUUCAGGUGGGAUGUCCCUGAUAAUCUAUCCAUCGGGUUCCAUGCUGGAGAUGUCGAACGGCUAUCCGCAUUCACACUCGCCGCUUGUGGGAUCACCGAGUCCGGGUCCCAGUCCAGGCAUAGCCCACCACUUGUCCAUCAAGCAGCAGUCGCCGGGCAGCCAGAACGGACGAGCUUCCAACCUAAGGGUCGUCAUACCGCCCACCAUAGCCCCCAUACCGCCCAACAUGUCCGCGCCAGAUGACGUGGCCUAUGCAGAUCAACGACAGAGUCAGACAUCGCUGAACACGCCAGUGGUCACGCUGCAGACGCCAAUUCCCGCCCUCACGAGCUACUCCUUCGGGGCGCAGGACUUCUCCUCCUCCGGGGUGAUGAACAGCGCGGAUAUCAUGAGCCUCAACACUUGGCAUCAGGGCCUGGUGCCGCACUCUAGUCUCUCGCACCUGGCUGUCUCGAAUAGCACGCCGCCGCCCGCCACCUCACCCGUCUCCAUUAAGGUCAAGGCCGAGCCGCAGUCGCCGCCGCGAGAUCUCUCCGCCAGCGGCCAUCAGCAGAACAGCAAUGGGUCGACGGGCAGCGGCGGAUCCAGCAGCAGCACCAGCAGCAAUGCCAGCGGAGGAGGUGGCGGAGGAGGCGGCGGUGGAGCCGUCAGCGCCGCCAAUGUCAUCACGCACUUGAACAACGUCAGUGUCCUGGCAGGAGGUCCUUCGGGGCCAGGAGGAGGAGGAGGAGGUGGCGGCAGCAACGGGAGUGUCGAGCAGGCCACCAAUCUGAGCGUGUUGAGCCACGCGCAGCAGCACCACCUGGUCAUGCCCAACUCGCGGCCCUCGUCCACGGGCCACAUUACACCCACUCCAGGGCAUGAUAAGUAUGAAGGAUAUCCGUACCGCGCGCUAAUGGGACAUAAUCCUAGAUGGAAUUUUGCCGGUGCGCCGAGCAGCGAGCAGGAUGUCCGUCUGGCCGCCGUCGCCGUGCAGCAGCAGCAACAGCAGCAGCAGCAGCAACAUCAGCAGCAGCAGCUGGGCGACUACGAUGCCCCCAACCACAAACGACCGAGAAUAUCGGGCGGAUGGGGCACAUAGCCGGCACGAGCUGCCGGUAGCAGCCACUACAAGCCACAUCACAACAACAACCACAUCGGCUGCAGCAGCAUCAACAGCGGCAACACCAUCAGCAGCAGCAGCGGCAGCGGGAAGAAGCCGGCGGAGUGCGAUGACCUGGCGAUGAUGCCGCCACCGCCGCGUAAGGACAUGGGCCGCAGCUCCUACAGCCUCCUGCAGUCCGGCUACGACUGCUAUGGCCAGCAGCUGGCGGUGGCCUACGGAGCCCAGCAGCACCCGUAGCCACCACCGCGUCCUCCGUUUCCGGACCAGUGCAAUAGUUGAGGGGGAGAGAAAGGUAGAGGAAACCGGAGGCAGUUUUGUUUUGUUUUCGGUUUAAGCGAACAGUGACAGUGUCAUAUCUAUAGUUAUUGUAUCUUAAAUGAAUUACGAUUACACACCUACGGUAAUAGUUAUAAUUUUAAAUUAUAUACGCAGAGCAUCCUGCUGGGGAAUUCGAGCAGGCUAGAGUGUUGAGCUGAUUUAGUUUAGUUACAAUUACAAAUACAGAGUUACGAGUACGGUUAAAGUUAAUGUUAAAUCUAAUCUUAGGUCAAAAUACUGCAGACAAAAAAAAAAGGAAAAAACAAAACGGAAACGAUGGAAGGAGGAGCUCUUUAUGCUGUAAAUAUUUGAUUUUAGUGUCAUAAGUUUUAAACUUAGUUCGUAGGGAACUACGAGAUACGUAAACCAUACAAGUCAUACGAUGAAACGAUUGAGAAGUUCUAAGCAAAAAACACAGACCCUCAUGCAGAUGUACUCAGUGUUCGAACAUAAUUUGUAGUUUUGUGCAAUUUAUCGUCAAUUUUUAGUUAUGUUCUAUGCAUACACACCCUUUGGGGGUUUUCUAGCCGUGUUGGUUGGCCCGAUUCGAACCAAAAUCACAGCCCCAUGCAAGUACAUAUACACACUUUAUGAUUAUGAUUUAGUUUUGAUUUAAGCGAUUAUUUAAUAGACACUUUUCUCUUCAUCUCUUAAGCGAAACGAAGUCAUAAUUUGUAAUUUAAAUUUAAAGUGGAUUUCUAUUCAAUUUGAAGUGUUUCAAAUUCUUGUGCCUAAGUUUUGUAUUUUUUACAUUUAAUGCAGUUUGUAAAACAACAACAAUCGCAACCGCAACAACAACUCAACAAAAUAUAAUUUAAAUAAAAUUAUUAAAGAACAUUUUUCGUUUUCGUUCUUGUGUUCGUUGCCAGUUUUAUUUGAUUAAUCCAUAUCUUUAUUUGUUCUCUGUACAAUUUACCCGGCCAUAUUUGAACAGGCCCCAGUACAAGUGGGCGUGUCUGCGCCUGUGUCAAUGUCAGUUGCCCACUUCGAAAUUGCCUAUAUUUGACUAAGGGGUAAACGCGCCCGCAAAUAUUUGCAGUGGCCAUAUGACCUGUUGCACUUUAGACAGCAGACAAAAAGAAAUGAAAUAUUUUAUGUACAUUUGUAUUUGUAUUGGAGCCGAGCUGCAUCAGCUGUGCAUAUUUGAUUACAAGAGGCGAAAAUGCAGGUGCAGCCGGCGGAGAGCAUAAACAAUAAGCAAACUUACACUCUACAGGUUUCCCCAUUGAACAAGCUUUACAACACCUACAUAGUUAAGCAGAUUGAAGCGGAACGGAAGUGCGAAAUUAUAGGUCUACCAGCACGCGAAGAAUAUUUUCUAGCCAUAUACGAUAUACAUAGACUAAGCAACCGGCGGAGGUUUCCCAAACCGAAGCGUACUUUUAGGAUGAGAGACCCUGGACCCAGUGUAAAAUACACGUACUUUGUCCGCAGAGCAGUCCGUCUCAUAGUAAAUAUUUUCCUGUAACUCCCGCAUAAGAUGGCCUGCUCUUUGUUAGUUAUAUAUUAAAUACCUUUGUGUACAUAUAUGUUAUAUGUGAUGUGAAUAUUUGUGGGUAUCUUUGUUGCACCCCUGAAUGUUGUAACCUGAACCCUGUCCCCAAAUGAUUUUCAUAUGAUUUGCAAGAACUUUUCGGAUUUUCCCAAACUUAUAAUUUUGUUCUACCUUGUUCUGUUUAUGUACAUAGAUCCUGGUAUAAAACUUCACUGUGUAGUGUUGCCUUAAAAACAGUGCCUCUUUUUGAUGAACAAACAAAUACAUGCAGAUAUAGCUGAAUGUUGUACUAAUGUUGAUUGCAAAUGAUAAUGAUAACGAACAACUUGAUGGUGAAAAAUUUCAAUACAGGUGUUAAUUGUGCUAUUUAAAUAGGCGUAGAUAAAUCUGGAAACUGAUAUUAACCUAAUCGAACCCUAGUGAAAUCCCGAGAGAGAUAACCUCCACUAAGCAGCACGUAAUGUACAAAAGGGCGUUUCAAUUGGCAUUGCAUAAGGAAGGCUUACCCAGAAACCCAUAUAUAUACAUGUAUGUAGUCUAGUUAAAGGAAGAUUAGAUAUUGCUAGGAGUUAAAUAUAUUUGACGCACUGUACAGUUGACUGUCUAGAAGACGUCCUACGGUCACAGGGACCACUCACAGCACAGAAAUAAUCGAGAAGGCGGGAUCGUCCAGAGUGUAAAUUCGUAUUCGCUGUACCUUUAGGAUAAUACCUAGAUAAAAUGUUAAACCUACGCACUGUUGUAAUGGGAUUUAUGUGGCACUCCACAAGCAUCAUGUAAUAGUUAUUCAAAGACUUGUGCUUGAACUCACUUAGAGAAUAUUGAGGCAUAAAUGUUCGGCUAAACUCUAGAUAGGUCUGGGAGUGAUAUGCGGAUAUGCACAAAGAUUAGGGAGCAUUUCAGAGAGAGGGUCACCUACACAGAGUGUCCAUCGAUGUGUCUGUUCAAAUAACCAUAUACAACUAAAUCGUAACUCUAGGCUAAGGACAAGCAACCGUUUUGGUGAAAAACAAGAAAGUACAUUAUACAUGAAUAUAUAUAUGUGAAACUAUAUAAUGAGAAACAAGUUUUAUCCGUGCACUGAAUAUGAAAGGUUUUGGAAAAAUUAACAAAUUGUGGAUUCAAUAUUUACCUAUUAAGUUGGUGUUUUAAACAGAAAAAGAAAA